UUCGCCCAUCCGCCUCCGCGGCCCCUCCGUCGACAUGUCGCUGGCCAUGGAGGAGGAGGAGUACGCCCGGCUGGUGAUGGAGUCGGAGCCCGAGUGGCUGCGGAGCGAGAUCAAGCGUCUCUCCCAGGAGCUGGGCGAGACCACCCGGGAGAAGAUCCAGGCGGCGGAGUACGGGCUGGCAGUGCUGGAGGAGAAGCAGCAGCUGAAGCAGCAGUAUGAGGAGCUGGAGCUGGAGUACGAGACCAUCCGCACCGAGAUGGAGCAGCUGAAGGAGGCUUUUGGACAGGCCCAUACAAACCACAAGAAGGUAGCAGCAGAUGGAGAGAGCAGAGAGGAAACCUUGAUUCAAGAAUCAGCCACCAAAGAAGAAUACUACAUGAAGAAGGUCAUGGAGUUGCAGACAGAAUUGAAGCAGAUAAGAAAUGUCCUUGCCAACACACAGUCUGAAAAUGAACGCCUUAAUUCUGUUGCACAGGAACUGAAGGAGGUCAACCAGAAUGUGGAGAUCCAAAGGGCCCGCAUGCGAGAUGAUAUUAAGGAAUAUAAAUUUCAAGAAGCACGUUUGCUGCAAGACUAUACUGAACUUGAAGAGGAAAACAUCUGUCUCCAGAAACAAGUGUCUGUCCUGAAGCAAAGUCAGGUGGAGUUUGAAGGCUUGAAACAUGAAAUCAAAAGGCUGGAAGAGGAAACAGAGUUUCUCAAUAGCCAGCUAGAGGAUGCCAUCCGGCUGAAGGAGAUCUCUGAGCGCCAACUUGAGGAGGCCUUGGAGACAUUGAAGACAGAACGGGAGCAGAAGAACAACCUUCGGAAGGAGCUGUCUCACUACAUGAACAUCAAUGAUUCCAUGUACAACAGCCACUUAAACAUCUCUUUGGAUGGGCUGAAAUUCAGUGAUGAAGCCACAGAGCCCAAUAAUGAUGAAAUCAUGAAUGGGUUUGAACAAAACUGCCUCAGCAAACUCAGCAAUGGCAAGAACAGUACUUCAACACCCAAGAAAAAUGAAAGCUUCCCUCCAGCCCCAAGUCUGGUUUCAGAUCUUCUGAGUGAAUUAAACAUUUCUGAAAUCCAGAAGCUGAAACAGCAGCUAGUGCAGAUGGAAAGAGAAAAGGUUAACUUGUUAACAACACUGCAGGAAUCUCAGAAGCAGCUGGAAAAUACACGGGGGGCCCUCUCAGAGCAGCAUGAGAAAAUUGGCAGGCUCACUGAAAAUCUGAAUGCCAUGAAGAAGCUCCAGGCCAGUAAGGAGCGUCAGUCAGCCCUUGACAAUGAGAAGGACCGAGAUAGCCAUGAGGAUGGAGACUAUUAUGAAAUAGACAUCAAUGGGCCAGAGAUCCUGGAGUGCAAGUACAAAGUGGCUGUGGCAGAAAUUACUGACCUGAAAGAAGAGCUCAAAAAUUUGAAGGCAAAAUACAAAGAAUGUGAGUCUAAGUAUGAGGAAGAGAAGAGUAGGUAUGAGACUGAGAGCCAAGCUCUCACUGAAAAGAUCACCUCACUGGAAAAGUCCAGUAGGCAUGAUAGAGAACAGAUGGCCAGGCUGGAGAAGGAGCUGAAGAAAGUCAGUGAUGUUGCUGGAGAAACACAGGGCAGCCUCAAUGUGGCCCAAGAUGAACUAGUCACCUUCAGUGAAGAGCUGGCCAAUUUAUACCACCAUGUCUGCAUGUGCAACAAUGAAACUCCAAACAGAGUGAUGCUGGACUACUACAAGGAAGGUAAAGGUGGACGUAGUAGUCCAGAGACCAAGGGAAGAAGGUCUCCUAUUCUUCUUUCUAAAGGGCUGUUAACUAUUGAGCUGGCUAAGGCAGAGAAUGGAAGUGGUGACAGCAGCCCAUCCCCCGUGUCCUCUCUGCCAUCCCCUGUGUCAGAUCCUCGGAAGGAGCCGAUGAACAUUUACAACUUGAUUGCAAUAAUUCGGGAUCAGAUCAAACACCUACAGGCUGCUGUGGACAGAACAACUGAGCUGUCCAGGCAGCGCGUUGCUACUCAAGAACUUGGGCCAGUGGUGGACAAAGACAAGGAGGCUCUCAUGGAAGAAAUCCUGAAGCUGAAGUCCUUGCUGAGCACCAAGAGGGAACAGAUAGCAACUCUGAGAACUGUGCUGAAAGCCAACAAACAGACUGCAGAAGUAGCCCUUGCCAACUUAAAAAGCAAGUAUGAGAAUGAGAAAGCAAUGGUUACAGAGACGAUGAUGAAGCUGCGAAAUGAGCUGAAGGCUUUGAAAGAAGAUGCUGCCACCUUCUCUUCCCUGAGAGCUAUGUUUGCUACAAGAUGUGAUGAGUAUGUCACACAGCUGGAUGAAAUGCAGCGGCAACUUGCAGCAGCUGAGGAUGAGAAGAAGACUCUGAACUCCUUGCUUCGGAUGGCUAUCCAACAGAAACUGGCCUUGACUCAGCGCCUGGAACAUUUGGAACUGGACCACGAGCAGUCCAAAAGGGCACGCACAAAGUCUGCUUCCAAAGCCAAGGGCAGUAACCCCAGUCUGUAGAGUAGUCCCUGGAGAAGGCCUUUCCAACAGUGCAACAGCAUUUCUUAGCCCUCCUGACUCUGGUUCAAAGUGGUAGACCAUUGCACACAGAAUGGAAACCACUGACCUGAUCCUAGCUUUUGAAAACACCUUUUCCUAUAUACUACCUGAAACCUUCCCUUUCUGCCUGAAGCUAUAAAACAAACAAGCUUUACCUAUAAGUGCUACUGCAGUAAGAAACCUUACAAGUGCUGAAGAAACCUACUUCAAAUGUAAUGCUCACCAUAUUAGUCUGUGCUCUCCUAGAAACGUUGGAUGGGGGAAUUUACUUCUUUGCAGAUGCUAAUUUUUUACCUGAUUGCUAAACCUGUGCACUUUUGAUAUUUUUCUUUAGCUUCUUUAAUUCCUUAUGUAUAAGAGUUUAUAUAAAUGCAGUGGUUUGUGCUCAUAGUCUCUCUCCAAUUUGAAACUUGUGACUUAUGACUUAUAUAUCAGCAUGUGGCAGAGAUUUUGGUGGGGGAUUGUGAUUAGAAAAGUGUUUCAGCAAAAAGCAGGAGCUCUGCUAAACUAUGUGCUGUGCUUCAGCAUCUUUUUUUUAUUAAAAUGUUAUGCUUUAUAUGUUUAAAUCACUGAUUUUUUUUUUAAACUGCCAUGUUCAUUAAGAAAUCCAGGGUAUUCAAAUUCUGGGGUUUUUUUCAUAUUGUAUUAUUAUUCUUAGGAAUAGUUCAAUGUAACAAGAAGAAAACUUGACUUUGCUCUGGUUAAAACAGUAAUAGGCACUUGAAAGAUAUUAAAUAAGUAGUAUUACAUAUAAAUUCCAGAAUUCCUGGGUUUUAGGAAGGUGAAGUAUUAUCGAUUAACAGAAUUUUAUACAACUAUACCAGUUAAAUUCCAAAUUGGAAUUGUUUUGUUACUUUUUCAUUUUAUUGUGCCAAAUUAUGGUACAUUUAGAAGGAAAAAUUCUAAAGUGGUCAGUGAUAGGGUGUUAUCUGUCAGCGCCUUUCUGUCACUCAUUAUUGCCAGUAGUGCCUUUGAUCAUUUGAAGGGAGCUUAGAGCAGUGUAGACUAAGUCCUGUCACUUAGGAAUAGAAUGGCUGGUUUGGAAUUUGUUAAAGAUGUGGAGCAAUAAGUGCAAAGUGAAGUCCCAUUUCGCACAUUUUUAAUGGUAUGCUUACUAUAGAGUUUAUAUAUUCAAGAAAUUGUAAAAAAUUCUGUUAGUCAAUGAUAUUUCAUCAUGCACAUCCUUGCAAAUUCAAGGGUAUAGAGGGGAAAAAAAAAUCAAAAUCACAACCUGAACAAUCCUGACUACUCUUUGGGAACCAAAUGGACUCAUGUUGAGCAGAUGAGCAGUGUAUGACCACAUUUAUGGUAUCAGUUGGGGAAUGUGUCAGGAAUGUCACUGUCUGUGGGCAGUGGGGGGCAGGAGCCACGGCUCUGUGUGCAGGUGUGAACCGCAGCGCAUCGGGAUCUCUUGUGCAUGUUGUCUCUAAUUGUCAUUUCAGCAAACAGAAACAGAAGUGCAUCAACAAGCCAUGCCAGGUUCUCAAUGGUUUGGUGAGGCUCAUGUGGAUGAUUAAAUUGGUACUUGCUGGAGGGGAGCCUUCCCACUUCUCAAUAAAAGUACAAAUUGAACUGAUAUUGACAGCGCAGUAAAGAUUUCUGUUUGCUGGAAAAAGCAUUAUUAUUCCUAGACAUGGGGACUUAUACUUCCAUCUUCUGUUACACUAUUGAUUCAUAAGAAAUAUUAUUGCAUUUAAAAUUACUACAUUUGUAUGUGGGUAUUUAUUUGAAAUUAUGUCUAAGUACUGUAUUAUGUUCUAUGUGCAUUACCUUUUAGUGGUGGGUUGGUCUCCAUUUAACGUCCUGUGCAUGUAUUCUUGCUAAGUAACCUUUACACAGAUCUGGAAAACAAAAAAGUUAAACUUCUAACUGUGUGUUAAUUGGAUAACCUUAGGAGGAGGGGUGGAGGUCAAAACACUGCUUCCAGAUUAAUAAAAUAGUUUUUAAUCUAGGAAAGCAAUGUGC